AUGAGUGCAGCAAUAAAUCAAUUUGGUCUUCAUACAGUCGAAUACUCUAUUAGAAAAAAAUUAUCCCAAGAUCCUUUAUAUUCUCUUACACAUCCGGAACAACCAGCUUCUUAUGACUAUGCUCAUGGUACACAUUUGGAUACAUGUUUAAUCAAAGAGCAAAAUCCUCUGUCGAAAGAAACACCCAGUUUUGAAUAUUAUGAUCAAUUAUCCAAAAAUAUCUGGACAAAACCUUAUCCUGAAUCACCAACAAUUUAUAAAAAACGUCCAGGUGAAUGGUUUCAAAAUGAUAAACUGAAGCAUACACUUGAAGCCAAUACACCAUAUUAUCCUUAUCAUGGAUAUGUUGAUCCAACUCUACAAAAUAAAUGGGAAGAUGAUCCAAGUAAACCACCAAAAAUUACAAAACAAAAUCGAGAACAAUUUCCUGUUGUAUUAAGUACAAUGACAAGAUAUGUAGAAGAAAUGAAUGCAAUGGAAUUUGGCUUUAAAUUGUAUUAA